AUGCCUACAUCUUCGCCAACUCAGCACUCUGAGAUGAUGGAUGCAGGUUUGUUCAUGCCUACCCAUCCCACCAUCAGAUUGCAGGAGCAGCAGAUCCCACCCCUCAUUGUGGCCGAUGGCAUGUAUCCUUUGCGCGAGUGGCUGAUGAAACCCUAUGGUGGGGCAGUGACUUCACAGCAAGCCCACUUCAAUCGGUGUCUUAGUCGAGCACGCAUUGUGGUGGAGCAGGCGUUCGGGCACCUCAAGGGGAGGUGGCGUAGCUUAGGCGUGCGACUGGAGUUGGCAGAAGAAAACAUCCCCUCAGUCAUCAGUGCUUGUGUCAUCCUUGGAACGGAGAGUCACCCGGAUGCAGAUCAUUGCACCAAGUGUCCAGCAGAUCAGCAGCCAAACAAGGCCCAACAUCAAUGUGUCCCAAAGAUUAUAACUUUUCUGUCCUAUGAAGAACCUUUAGGGGUUGUCCUAACUUCCUUGGCCCUGUACCUGUCCUUAACUGCUGGCUUUGUGUUAGGAAUCUUCAUUAAAUUCCUAGAAACUCCAGUAGUUAAGGCCAACAACCGAGACCUUUCCUACAUUCUCCUCAUCUCUCUCCUGUUUUCCUUCUUGUCCUUCUUCUUAUUCAUUGGCCAGCCAAGAAAAGUGACCUGCUUUCUUCGACAAACAGCCUUCAGUAUCAUCUUCUCAGUGGCCGUCUCUUCUGUGUUGGCCAAAACCAUCACUGUGGUGCUGGCCUUCCUGGCCUCCAAGCCAGGGAAUAGGGUGCGAAGAUGGCUGGGGAAGCGUUUGGCUAAUGCGAUUGUAUUUUCCUGUUCCAGUGUCCAAGUUGUCAUCUGCACCAUCUGGUUGGGUACCUUUCCACCCUUUCCUGAUUCAGAUAUGCAUUCCCAGCCUGGUGAGAUCAUCCUGCAAUGCAACGAAGGAUCUGUCCUCAUGUUCUAUGCUGCCCUUGGCUACAUGGGCUUCCUGGCUGCCAUCUGCUUCACGGUGGCUUUCCUAGCCAGGAAGCUGCCUGCAGCCUUCAAUGAAGCCAAACUGAUCACCUUCAGCAUGCUGGUCUUUUGCAGUGUCUGGGUGUCCUUCUUGCCUUCCUACCUGAGCACCAAGGGGAAAUACAUGGUAGCCGUGCAGGUCUUCUCCAUCUUGGCCUCCAGCGCUGGAUUGCUGGGCUGCAUUUUUAUUCCCAAGUGUUACAUUAUUGUAUUGAGGCCUGAACUGAAUACAAAGGAGCAUCUCAUAAUCAAAUCCAAACUUGGCAUCUGA